AUGGCUGAGGGAGACGUGCAACCGCUGACCGAAUCGGAGAUCAACAAUUUCCUGGACGACCUGGACCACAACAAAGAUGGCUUCAUCGACUACAGUGAAGUAGAGCAGAAGCUCGACGCCGUGUACGACGAGCUCGUCCAGGGGACACCACAAGCCCACCACCGUCUACACCGGCAACAUGCCAGCAGCAGCAGCGAACACAACACGAAGCAGGACCAUGACCGCCACGCCUUCCUACGCAGCGUCAUCGGCUCCGACAAGAACAAGAUCCCGCGCGCCGACUUUGCCGCCCGGGUGCGCGAGUGGGGGAUCCCGUCGAUGCAGCAGGACAGCGAGGCCGACGAGUCCCAGAAGGCGUACAUGCGGUCUCUGGGGAUAUGGCGGCGGCUGAGGUCGUACUGGGCCGUCCACGGGCCCGAGGUUGCCUUCCUGUGCCUGGUGGUCUCGCUGCAGAUUGCCUUUGGCGUGUGGCAGUGCGUCAAGUACGCGUCGACGCCCGAGUAUCAGGCCGCGUUCGGGUGGGGUGUCGUCCUCGCCAAGACGUGCGCCGGCGCGCUGUACCCGACCUUCUUCUUUGUCGUCCUGAGCAUGUCGCGGUACUUCUCGACCUUCAUGCGCAAGUGGUACUACGUCAGCCGCUUCAUCAACUGGGACCUGGGACAGAGCUUCCACAUCAAGAUGUCCUGCGUCGCGCUGGCGCUGGCCACGCUGCAUGCGAUUGGCCAUCUGAGCGGAACCUUCAACUGGGGGAGUCGGCAGAGUAGGGAGGAGGCGGUAGCCCUCCUCCUGGGCCCGGAUGCUGUCCCGAGGCCCUACGUGAGAUAUGUGAGGUCUUUGCCCGGUUGGACAGGCCUCACGGCUCUGGGACUGUUCUAUCUCCUUGCACUUCUCAGCAUGCCCGCGGUUCGGAAGUGGAACUACGAGGUGUUCCAGCUCGGACAUCUGCUCAUGUUCCCCAUCAUCGGCCUGAUGAUGGCGCAUGGCACGGCCGCACUCUUGCAGUGGCCAAUGUUCGGGUACUGGCUCGCUUUCCCGACUCUCCUGGUGCUGGUGGAGCGAGUCACCCGGGUCGCUGUUGGGUUCCACCGCAUCGCGGCCACUCUCACCGUCCUGGACAGCGAGACCGUCGAAGUCAAGGCCACCAUCCCGAGUGAGCGGCUCUGGAAGUACCAGGCUGGACAGUAUGUCUUUUUGCAGGUGCCCGAGCUUGGAAACUUCCAGUGGCACCCGUUCACUGUGUCCAUCUGCGUGGGAAAAGAGAUGCGUCUGCACAUCAAGACCGACGGAAACUGGACCGGGAGGCUUCGAAAGCUGGCCGGAGAAAAUGGCAGAGCCGACAUCAAGAUCGGGAUCAACGGGCCGUUUGGCGCACCAGCUCAGCGCUUCUACGAUUUCAGCCAUACCAUUGUCAACGAGAAAGAAUCAUUGAGCGGCGCUGCCAAAGCAGACGCAACUCCUCUCCAGCACCAGGCUGAUUCCAGCCAGACAACCUUGGCCAAUGAGAAAUCCAAAUUUGCAGAUGACUACCGGCGUGUAGACUUCCACUGGAUGGUUCGGGAUAGGAAUCAUCUCCUGUGGCUCUCGGAUCUGCUAAACGAGGUCAGCCGCAGCCAGAAAUGGCACGCAAACCACGACAGCGCGCAGCAUCUCGAUAUCAGGAUCUCCACACAUGUCACGCAGAAGCGCAAGAGCAUCUCCACCCAUGUCUACCGUUGGCUCCUCGAGAUGCACCGCACACCCGAGCACCCGGAGAGCCCGCUCACGGGGCUGAUCAACCCGUCUCAUUUCGGCCGGCCAGACUUCACCAGCAUCCUCGAUGCGCAUUAUGAGGAGAUGUUGAAGUACAAGGCUGUGCUAAACGAGAAAGACCCUAGGCGGUGGAGCGACGAGGAGUUCAAGGUCGGUGUCUUCUUCUGCGGGACGCCUAUCGUGGGUGAGAUGCUGGCGGACCGCUGUCGGCUCCUGAGCGCGAGGGGGCGUAAUGAUUCCAGCAAAAUUGAAUAUCACUUCAUGAUGGAGGUAUUCGGGUAA